CCGCCGUUCCCCGCCGCCGCCGCCGCUGCACUCCCCUUCGCUGCUCCUACUCCACAUCAGAGAUGGAGGCAGGCGCCGGCACUGCCCUGUACCCCCUGCACCGCUCCAAGACCAUACACCUGGUCAGGCAUGCCCAGGGCAUCCACAAUGUGGCAGGCGAGAAGGAUUAUAACGCGUACAUGUCGGAGGAGCUGCUUGAUGCGCAGCUCACCCCGUUGGGCUGGAGCCAAGUUGAUUGCCUGCGACAGCAUGUGGCAAAAUGUGGACUAGCAAAAAAGAUUGAGUUGGUUAUUACUUCCCCUCUACUGAGGACUAUGCAAACUGCAGUGGGGGUCUUUGGUGGUGGGAACUAUACUGAUGGAAUAGGUGCAUCACCAUUAAUGGUAGAAGGUGCUGGACAGAGUGGACGUCAAGCGAUUUCAAGUUUGAACUGCCCACCGUUUCUAGCAGUUGAGGCCUGCAGGGAGCACAUGGGUGUUCAUCCCUGUGAUAAGAGGAGCAGCAUCACAAAAUACCAUACUCUUUUUCCGGCCAUUGAUUUUUCCUUGAUAGAGAAUGAUGAAGAUGUUCUUUGGAAACCAGAUGUCAGAGAGGCAAAUGAGUCUGUUGCUGCUAGGGGCAUGAAGUUCAUUGAUUGGUUAUGGACAAGAGAAGAGAAAGAGAUAGCUAUUGUCAGCCACAGUGGUUUCUUAUAUCACACCUUAAACAUGUAUGGUAAAGAGUGUCAUCCAACCGUAGCAGAGGAACUGGGCAAGCACUUUAACAACUGUGAGCUCCGGUCGAUGGUGUUGGUCGACAGAAGUAUGCUUGGAUCAGGUACCCCUACAUGCAAUUUCCCAGGGAAGAUACCGGCUGGACUUGACCUUCCUAGCGAUGUCGCGGACGAGAAGCGCGUCGAGGAAGCUGGAAAGAACUGAAACAGUUGCGAGCGCAUGGAUGUCUUUGAUUCCUUUGUCUAGCCCCAGCUCUGACUGACAAUGGUUAACUCUGAAAUAUAAGUGAUUAGCAACAUCUACGGAUAGGGCUUACUGUAUGUAGCUCUGAAGUAGGAUGUUUGUUAUAUAAUUUGUUGUCUGAACACGUAUCUAAAUUGAUGUGAAUAAGGAUGGUUUAUACAUGUAGCCCUCUUUUUGAACGA